AUGGAUGUAACCAUGAACAAUGAUGACUACUCUUUCUCUUCAUCACCAUCAUCCACUUCUUCUCAAAGCCAACUUUGCAACCCGAAUUCUCCAUCGGAUAAUUCAUCCUUCCCCUCACAAAAACCAGAGUUGAGUUCUCACAAGAGGAAAGCUGGGAGAAAGAAGUUUCGAGAAACACGGCAUCCGGUGUAUAGAGGAGUUCGUCAGAGAAACGGUAACAGAUGGGUGUGUGAAGUUCGUGAACCCAACACCAAAUCAAGGAUAUGGCUCGGAACAUACUCUGCACCAGAAAUGGCAGCUAGGGCACAUGACGUGGCUGCCCUAGCACUUAAGGGCACCUCUGCAUCAUUCAAUUUCCCUGAUUCGGUUUCUCUUCUUCCAGUUGCAAAUUCAUCUUCAGCUGCAGAUAUUAGAGCGGCUGCAGCACAAGUUUCCGAGGUUUUUUUACCGGCCAACCCUUCUUCGUCCUUUACAAGGGUUGAAAUAGAAACUAACCCUUGUUCGUCCAACGAAUCAGUGUUUUUCGACGAAGAGGCAGUUUAUAACAUGCCAGGUUUGUUAGAUAGCAUGGCUGAUGGUCUUCUCAUUACUCCACCUUCUAUGAAGAGAUUUGAUUGGGACGAGGUUGAUUGUGAAACAGACCUCACUCUCUGGACAUAUUAA